AUGCACGGCUGCAUAUGUGAAGGAUGGCUGGUGCAUGUCAGAGAGAGAGAGAGAGAGAGAGCGAGAGAGAGAGAGAGAGAGAGAGAGAGAGAGAGAGAGAGAGAGAGAGAGAGAGAGAGAGAGAGAGCGAAAGAGAGAGAGAGAGAAAGAGAGAGAGAGAGAGAGAGAGAGAGAGAGAGAGAGAGAGAGAGAGAGAGAGAGAGACUAUGUUGCGACUCUGCGACACAAACAACACUUUUAUCAUAA